UACAGCUCAAACCUUCCCGCGACAGUGAGAGUGGCAGCUGCAAACUGCACUUCUGCUAGCUAACAUCACACAAAGACUAAACUUUUACAGAAGUCUCUCCACUGCGACCUCCAUUUUGACGGAGAACCGCUAAAAGCGACAAAAAACUCUCUUCGUUUGAAACUACGCAGGCUAAACACUCCACAGCAACCAUGUUUGAGGCUCGCUUGGUCCAGGGCUCCAUCCUGAAGAAGGUGCUGGAGGCUCUGAAGGAUCUGAUCACAGAAGCCUGCUGGGACGUCAGCUCGUCCGGCAUCUCCCUGCAGAGCAUGGACUCUUCUCACGUCUCCCUUGUCCAGCUCACCCUGCGGCACGACGGCUUCGACUCGUACCGCUGCGACAGAAACCUCGCCAUGGGAGUCAACCUCAGCAGUAUGUCAAAAAUCCUGAAGUGUGCAGGAAAUGAAGACAUCAUCACCCUCAGAGCAGAAGACAAUGCAGACACACUCGCCCUCGUGUUUGAGACACUCAACCAGGAGAAGGUGUCAGACUAUGAGAUGAAACUGAUGGACCUGGACGUGGAGCAGCUGGGUAUUCCAGAGCAGGAGUACAGCUGUGUGGUGAAGAUGCCCUCCGGGGAGUUUGCCCGUAUCUGCCGUGACCUGUCCCAGAUCGGUGACGCCGUCAUGAUCUCCUGCGCCAAGGACGGAGUCAAGUUCUCUGCCUCAGGAGAGCUGGGCACAGGAAACGUCAAGCUGUCCCAGACCAGCAACGUGGACAAAGAGGACGAGGCAGUUACUAUUGAGAUGAAUGAACCCGUCCAGCUGAUCUUUGCCCUCAACUACCUGAACUUCUUCACAAAGGCCACGCCGCUGUCUAAGACAGUCACCCUCAGCAUGUCUGCUGAUAUCCCCCUCGUGGUGGAGUACAAGAUUGCUGAUAUGGGACAUGUCAAAUACUACUUGGCACCGAAAAUUGAUGAAGAGGCCUCUUAAGUUUCUUAUGGCAGCCCAAAAAGGGAGAAUAGAGAAAAGCAGGUGCCUGAGACUUGUCCUGAAUGGUUGGAGGGCUGAGGUGAACUCAUUGUGGUCGAUAAUCACUGAUGUCCUCCUUUUUCAGACAUUUGCAGCAGGAGGUGUAGUGUCAACUUUUAUUAUCAGUCAGCAGUCACCUGUAUGAAAUAUGCCAUCUGUGUGAUGUGAUGAGUCUGCAGUGCUUUGCCUCUGAAGAGUUCAGAGCGGCUGGCUGUGGUCCACACAGCCCGGGUGUAGAUUUCAGCACUUGUUCACUCCACUUUGGUGUCUCUCCCUCUCUAUUUUUGCCCAAUUUGGGAAAGCAGAUUUCAAGUAUCCCAUCCCUUCUUGUAGAUAACGCAUUUGUAAAUACUUCCUGUGGUUUCGCACUGUCAUCCAACCCCAAAUGUUUUUGUAUUCAUUGAUUCAGUCCAAAAUAAAUGAUUCAAGUUGUUUCCAAUAUCCUUUUGUGUUUU